UGUAAGCAAAUGUAGAAUAUAUUUUUUUCAUACUUUUUGGUAUAGAAAAUAAAAUUAAAUAAAAGGCGGAAUGGCUCUAGAUAGGCAAAAGAUUUUAAAUGAAUUAGGCAGUGUAAUGAAUCAGUUAAAGAAUACAGAUUGUGGAUGUAUGGGUAAAUUAUUUGGAGAUUCUGGACGAAACGCAGCCACCAACGGUGUUUUUUCGAAUUGCAGCCCAUAUAAGCACGGUUGUUGUCAUGGUCAUGGGUAUAACCCUUCAUGUGGUGAACCCCAUGCAAGUAAUGCACAUAACUUUCGUGGAUCUUGCUUAGGUCGAUGUAAUCCACCUAAACUGUACGCUGAUACAUAUAACUAUCUGACUGAAAAUCUUAUGCAGCCGACAAUUAAUGAAGUGUACAAUGACUUACACGGCAUCACGCCCGCUAAUACUAUAAUGAACAGUCCAGUGGCGAAACAAAUGGGGAUCCCCAUGGAAAAGUUUUUGUCUCCGGGCACCAUGGGUAAUAUAUCUAAUGGCCAAAUAGAAAAACAGAAUAAUGAUGGCAGCUUAAAUUCUGGUAUUUUUUAUGCUGGUGCGAGUAAUAUACCACAAAAUAUCACCUCCACAAAUAAUCUAAAUUCUAAUAAUAUGGGCAAUAUCGGUGGCAUGGGCCCACAAAUUAUGAAUAUGUUUGGAGAAAAACAACUUGCAAAAUCUGAUUCAAUGCCAACAAACAACCAAUACAAUAACAACAAAAAUGUUGCCUUUGUUGAUCAACCUCUUGGUGCAAGUCAAUUAAUACAACAACCGAAUAUAAGGCCUACAGAAAUUUCUCAACAAAUAAGAAAUAUGAAUUCCGACGGGGGAUUAACCCAUCAGAUUGCAGCAAACAAGUAUCAACACGAAGGUCAACAUGCCCAGGGAAUUGCAAAGUUCAAUGAAAUGUUCCCAGGUGUUAUGAAAAACGGCGAUUUAGGUUUUGACCCGAUGGCUAUCGCAAUUCAGAUGAACCCUGCAAAUCAAAAACAAGCUGCUUUUGAUACCAUACACAAAUUAAUGAAUAACAAUAAUGGUGGAAACAAAACCUUAAAUCCGAAUGAUAACACUGUUCAACCAGGAUUUAUUGCAUCAACAAAUUAUAACCAAUAUAAUACACCGCAAAGUCAGACACAAAAUAACAUACCAGCCAAUGAUAACUGGCAAUUUAAUGCUUUAAAUCAACAGACUAAUCCUCAAAUGCAACAGUUGUCACAGCAACAAAAUAUAGCUGACACUGCUCAAUUUCAGCAAGUCCCCAAGCCAAUUACUAAUAAAAAUGAAGUAUUCCCUGAGCAAGCAUAUCAGAAUGUUUUUGCUGCAGUUACAAACGCCCCUUUAAUUGGCCAACAACAGCAACAGCCUAUACAUUACCAGCAGCAGCGCAUAACUGAUCCGAACACAAAUAGUGUCCAAUCGAAUCUUCCAACAGUAUACGAAAAAAGGACUAGUCCCAAUGUAUUGCAAUCUCAAACUAAUCAAAUACCUAACAAUACAAAUAUUCAUCAAAUAAUAAAAGAUCCGAUACUACCAGUAGAUACUUCAAAAUUUAUAAUGCCGAAACAAAAGUAUUACAAUUAUAAUACUCUUGGUCAACCCGUCGAAAUGCUGCCAGGUAAAAUGUAUCACACCCCUGAACCAUCUUUACCACAGACAUUAUCUCCGCAAGUUGCAAUGAAAUCUAGACACAAUUAUUCAAAAUAUAGUAAUGUCAAAUCUACUGAAAGUAAAACAUCGUUAAUGGGUAACAAGCCUGUGGGUAAAUGCCCAAGUAGGAAUCAGUUACAACAAAUUUAUAACCAAUAUAAGGGUUCGCAAUCAUUUACACAUCAAAAUAUUAAAGAUCAAAAUAGUAAAAAUAUCAGCCAUUCUGAAGGAAGAUUUAAUUUACCACAUAAUACACAAAACGAUUUAACUGCACAGCAAAUGCCUAUUGAAAAUGUUGGUGGAGAUACCGUGGCAAAUAAACAAAUAAACGAUGAACGGACCUUCAGAAAAGAACAUAUCCGAGAGCAAAUUGGUGAUGCACCCGUAACAAAACAACCUGCUAAUGAACCGGAAAAGUUGUCUCCGGUUGUUAAUCGUAAGUACAGAAACGGAUUACAAGACAUGGUUUAUACAUCAUAUCCAACCUCAGCUGCUUGGUCUUUCCAUGGACAUGGUAGAGCCACCCUCUGCUCUUCUGAACAUCGAUAUCGCAAUAAAAUUUAAGUGUGUGUUUGUACUUCAUUUGUAGUGCAAAAAAAGUUAAUAUAAAAUAAAAGAUUUUAAUGUAAACAAUAAACAAUAAUAUAAGU